AUGCCCCUGCCGCGCAGGGGAAGAGGACCCCUCCUGGCCGGCCCCCGAAUGGCGAGCACUAGCCUCCCGCGGGCGAGGCGUGUGGGCCGCGGGACCCCGUUGUCGAGCCCUGCGCAACGCCUCACCCCGCAGCGCCAUUCCUCCGAGCAGGUCCCGCCACGGCCCGAGCCGCAGGCGGACUUCCGCUCGGGAAGGUGGCUCCAAAAGGGCUCCGGAGGGGACGCCAGGGACUCGCGGCAGACCCCGUGUGCUGGGAUGGGCUCCAGGCACAGGAUCUGUAGUCGAGAAGAAAUAGUGAUGCAUUGUGCUUCUGACAGUGAUUCGGGAAGUGUGGAUUUGCAGCUGGGCAACUUAGAGGAUAUUAAAAAGCAACCAAGUAGCCUUGAACUUACAGACUCGGACAUCUCAGAAAUCCCCGGACUCCCCAGGGAAUCCCUCACAGACACCUCCAGACACCUGACCCACCAAGGCCCCCUCGGUGAAGUCGUUGUUGAGCAGCUGAUCCAAUCCAUCCAGAAGUGUUUUAAUGGUGAACUAAAGAGUCAACUUGAGAAGCUGACAGCCCUGAGAUCUUUGUCUUCUCUCAGCCGAACUUUACCUUCUGAUGAAACCACGGAAUCGUUCAUUCACAGCCACAUAGCAGACAUUGUGCGUCUGCUAAGUACACUGGUGGAGGAGGAGCCCCUGCAGUCUCUCUUCAGCCCUGUGCUCCAGGAGGUCUUUAUCACCAUCACUGACUUCAGUUGCCAAGAUGUCUACUUGCUGUUUGGUUCUGAAGAUCGAGCUGACCUGUUCAGUCUUGUCACCAAAAGUGUAAUCUCUCUGCCCUCUAUCAAGACCCUUACCCAUCUGCAAGAAAUCAUGCCCGGUGGAUCCUGCAAUUCAGAGUGUCUCUACAGGCAGACAUUUCAGGCGUUCGUUGAGAUGCUCCAGAGUUUGGUGAUAAAAGACCGACAUUUGGAAAAUCUUGACAUCGUUUUUAAGCACAUGGACCCCUGGUUACAGUCAGACAAAGACCAUGAACGGGAACGGGCCACAGCCAGCAUGGCUCAAGUUCUGAAGUGUUUAUUCAAACAUCUCAGCCUGCAACUUCCAGUGCGAUUCCAAAGACUUGGACACCUGGUGGCUCUGAUGGCUCUACUGUGUGGGGACCCACUGAAAGAGGUGGCCGAGGAGGCGGCGGAGGGCAUGCACUACCUGCUGCACAUCACCCUGAGGCUGAAGUGUAUCACUUACGACAAGAAAAAUCGCCAACACUUGAAAAGAGCAGUGAAAAGAUGUCGAGAACUCCUAGAACUCUACAAUAUUAAACAGUUCUAUAGUUGUCCCUUCAGAAUUGCCCAGGUCUUCGAAGUUUUUCUCAAUUCCAAUGAGCUCUACCAGUUUGUAAUGGCUACCCUGGAUGGCCUGAAAAACCUGAAGCCUCCCCACAUGCAGCGGUCAGCGGGGAAAUUGCUGAUAGCAUUGGUGAAGAAAGCACAGUCCCGGUUUGAGAAGGUGCCAGAAAUUAUGGGCGUUAUCUGUGCCCUGCUCUCCACAAGCAGCCAGCCUAAUGUUCGCCAACAAAUCACAAAUAUUGUGAGUCUGCUUAUGUCCAGGCCCAAGUACACAGAUACAGUGAUCAACCACCUUCUGUGUCACCCGGUACCAUAUGACAGGCAUCUGGCUGAGUUGUGGAGAACUCUGGAGGUGGAGCUGCCCAAAACGACCUGGAUUCUCUGGAGACUCCUGAGGAAGCUGCAGAAAUGCCAUGAUUCUGGCACCCAGGAGAAGAUGGCCUAUGUGGCUGUUGCUGUAAGCCCUUGA